AUGGCAUUACAUGGUUGCAUUCUUUCAGAAAUUCAGUUCACAUGGCAGCUGAAGAGUUGCAAAAAAAAGAUUGAUGAGAAGUCAUAUCUUCUGGUGAACACUGAAAGAUGGGAUGCUAGCAAGCAAGUUCAAGGAAUCAAAGAAGUUUUAAAUGGCACCCGUGCUGUGGAAAAGGAAAACAAGAACAAAGAAAACAAGAAUGAUGGCACCAGUGCUGUGGAAAAAGAAAACAAAGCCAAAGAAAACAACAAUGGCGGGGUGGAACCUACCAUAGUUGAUCAAACUUUAGUGCAUCAGUCAAAGAGCUUUGUUGCAAAUUCAUUUCUGAGCAGAUUUGAUUCAGCAUCAACAAUUGACGGUUUUAAGCCACUACUGUCUUGGCCUGCUCGUAGAUCAUUCCAUCCAAACAUACCACUUGAAUACGAGGAUUCCCAAACAUAUGAAAGUGCAAGUGCCUUGUCCUUGGCUACAUUUGCAUCACUUCUGAUUGAAUUUGUUGCCAGACUACAGAAUGUUGUUAAUGCAUUUGAAGAGUUGAGUGAGAAGGCUAACUUUAAGGAUCCUGUGGAGGAGCCUACUGCAGUUAGCACAGGUGAUGUUAGGUUUUUCGAUAAAAUACGGAAAAUGAUGAUUGCAAGCUGUAUUGCUGGAGUUCAGUUUACAGCCACAGAAAUCAUCAAUAUGCGACUUGUAAAUAAUGUUACACCUGGCUGA